GUGCAUUACUUUUUUCCUCUCACUCUUUGCUUCCCGCUCCCCUUUCAUCGUUCUGCUUCACUCCGGACCAGAAUUUGGGGUUUAGGGUUUUUUUCCCUCUUCUCUGCAAUUCCAAUUCCUCAUUCUUCCUUCACCUCAUAAAGUUGCAAUGAUGUACAAUGACCCUCAUAACCCUCAGCACCAGCACCCGUAUCAACAACAACAGCAGCAACAGCAGCAUUUUCACCAUCCGCAGCCAGGUAUGGAAUUCCACCGUGGACCUCCUCCGCCGAUGCCUCAGCAGCCUCCACCUAUGAUGCGGCAACCUUCCGCUUCUUCCACUAACAUCGCCCCGGAGUUUCACCAUCCAGGACCUGGAGGCCCCCCAGGUCCUCCUCCUCAUUACGAUGUUACAGUUCAUAAUGAUAUCCAUGGUGCAAAAAGAAUGAGAAAGCUCACUCAGAGGAAAGCAGUUGAUUAUACAAGUACAGUUGUGCGCUAUAUGCAAAUACGUAUGUCGCAGCGUGAUUCAAGAGAUAGGACAGUACUGCAGUCUACGCCAGCAGCAGCAAUUGAUAUGUUGCCAGCAGCUGGCUAUUCAGACAAUCCGUCCACAAGCUUUGCUGCUAAAUUUGUUCAUACCUCUCUAAAUAAAAAUCGUUGUCCUAUCAAUCGUGUUCUUUGGACUCCUACAGGUCGGCGUCUCAUUACUGGCUCACAGACCGGAGAAUUUACUCUUUGGAAUGGGCAGUCUUUUAAUUUUGAAAUGAUACUUCAGGCUCAUGAUCAAGCAAUCAGAUCCAUGGUCUGGAGUCACAAUGACAACUGGAUGGUCUCUGGUGAUGAUGGAGGAGCAAUAAAGUAUUGGCAGAACAACAUGAACAAUGUUAAAGCCAACAAAUCUGCUCAUAAAGAAUCAGUCCGUGACUUAAGUUUCUGUAGGACAGAUUUGAAGUUCUGUUCGUGUUCUGAUGAUACCACAGUUAAAGUUUGGGAUUUUGCACGCUGUCAAGAAGAGUGUUCAUUAACCGGCCAUGGUUGGGAUGUGAAGAGUGUUGACUGGCAUCCAACAAAAUCUCUAUUAGUAUCAGGUGGGAAAGACAAUCUUGUGAAACUUUGGGAUGCUAAAAGUGGGAAAGAGCUUUGCUCAUUUCAUGGCCACAAAAACACCGUGCUUUGUGUGAAAUGGAAUCAAAAUGGAAACUGGGUGUUAACGGCUUCUAAAGAUCAAAUAAUAAAGCUUUAUGACAUAAGGGCAAUGAAAGAGCUUGAAUCAUUCCGUGGACACCGGAAGGAUGUUACUACUUUGGCUUGGCAUCCAUUCCAUGAAGAGUACUUUGUCAGUGGGAGUUAUGAUGGUUCCAUCUUCCAUUGGCUUGUUGGGCAUGAUACUCCACAAAUUGAAAUUUGCAAUGCUCAUGAUAAUAAUGUGUGGGAUCUUGCUUGGCAUCCUAUUGGAUACCUUCUUUGCAGUGGUAGCAGCGAUCAUACAACGAAGUUUUGGUGCAGAAACAGGCCGGGAGACAGUGCUCGUGAUAGAUAUAACAAUGGCAUGUCAGGAUAUCCUGAGCAAAAUCCUGUUGGUGGUCGCGUGGGUGGUAGUUUUGCAAUACCCGAAGGCCCCACAACUCCAGGGCCAUUUGCCCCUGGGCUGACUCGAAAUGAGGGUACCAUUCCAGGUGUUGGAGUUGCAAUGCCCCUGUCUAUUCCUUCUGUUGAUGGGCCUCAAGGGGAGCAGAAGCAGCCCCAUCCUGGUUCAAUGGGUGCGCCUCCUCUUCCCCCAGGUCCACAUCCCUCUCUUCUUAACCCCAAUCAGCAACAACCAUUCCAACAGAAUCCACAGCAGAUUCCACAACAUCAGCACCAGGCACUAUCACAACAGAUGGGUCCUUUGCCUAUGCCUCCAAAUAUGCCACAGCUACAGCAUCCUUCCCAUUCUCCCAUGGUUCCUCACCAACAUUUGCCCCGCCCUCCCCCCCAAAUGCCACAUGGAAUGCCAGGAUCUUUACAAGUGCCUACAUCUCAUCCAAUGCAAAUCCCAGGACCUAUGGAUUGGCGUGAUAUACUGCAUAUUUGGACAGUAUCUGAUAGAUGCAACUGAAAAUCUUUUGGAAGUUGGAGAACGUCCAUGUGCUAGGCCACUGCUAAUAAUUAAGAUGCUUUAAUUUCUCCUUAUUUUUGCAUCUCAUAAUGUUUUUUGGCCUCUCUUAGGCUCUAAGCCAACUAAGUUGAGCUAUUUAUUUUACCUUGUGGCUUUCUUUUAAAUAUCACUGGAAUGACAUAUCUUACAUAUUGAACAGAUGCGUGCUCUUUACACAAUUGAAAAAUGUCAGCCAUCUCUUUCUGUAAUUGGUGUCUCAUGUUGUAUAAUUAUGCUGCAAGUAAUUCACACCAUUAUGCAUUGGACUUAAGUAAUUAUGCCUGAAUUGUUAAGAGGGUUGGUGUAUAAUGCAUGCAAGUAAUCUACACUUGUAUUGCAUAGUUUCAACUGAUUUUUUUUGAAGCAUUUCUGUGUAUUCCAUAGACACGCGUAUUUAUUUUCUGUCAAUGUACUGUCUCUUACACUUUUUUAUGUAAACUAAAUCAUAUCUAUGUACUGGCUGUUACAUUUUUUUGAACUUCUUGCAUGGCACAUAACUUCAAUUUUCUAGUUGGUAUAAUGCACAAUCUGAAAUAUAUAAUUUUACAAAUAAUUGUGAUCUAUGUUUUUAAUAAUGAGAGAGUAGGCCAUUAAUUGUAUAGGUUAUUUUUUUUUCCAAAAUGCACAGGUUCUUUUAAAUUCACUAUGACUUUAACGAUAUAUAGAAGUAUAAUUUGUUGAAACAAAAUCUGAACUCCUUAUUUUUAAAAAUUAAGUUACAAAUGACAAAUUGAAGUCAAGAGUGACACAUGUCUUUCUUAACCAUAAAGAGAAACACCCGAUACAUGUCAUUCUUUGAGGGAUAAUGCAAUACAAAAGGAAACCACUCAA